AUGCCUCUUCCACCACCGGAUUCGAAUGCUAUCCAGGAUGAUCAGCAAGCCAUAGCCGCCGCAAAGGCAGCAGCCGGAACAGGUCAUCCCGUUCCCAGAGAUAUUGCGAUGAAUUCCGGUGGAAUGGCCAGUACAGGUGGCUCUUCGGGAUUCAUGGCGACCUAUCCGGGACCUACUGGCGCCGACCUGAAACAAGCACGCAUGGCAGCUGGGAACAACAUGGCAAACGCAGGAGCCGGCAGUGGAUAUGGAACAGAUAUGGCAGCUAAUGCCGGUGGUGGUGGCGGAUACGGCUCAUCGGUGGGAUCAGGAAUGCCAGGUUCCGGUGGCUAUGGUGCAGGUAUGGCAAGUGGCGCCGGUGGUUACGGUGCAGGCAUGGGAGGUACUGGAGGACACGGCUCAGCAGGAAUGGCAGGUGCCGGUGGUUACGGAUCACUCAUGGGAGGUGCUGGAGGACACGGCUCAGCAGGUAUGGCCAGUGGCGGAGGACGUGGAAUGGUAGCUGGAGGUGGUGACGGGUCAGUCAUGACGGGUAAUGACCCGAAGGAAGCUCCAAUGUACUGCUACGCUCAGGGACCACUGCUGCCGGAUUCACUGCUGCCCAAACCGAGACGAGAAGUAUCGCAGGUUGAUGUGGGUAACAUAUCCUGCGAGGAGGUCGUCGGGUACCUAAUGGGACUUAAUCGAUUUUACGAUCGUAAGUGCUCCCGCAUGGGAGACAAGUGUCCGAACAAGUACAAGUAUGCGGUCAGUUGGUAUGGAAAGGUUGGCCAUCAGAUAAUGGCAAAGUGUGAUAUAGCAGCUCUAUAG